AUGCCAUCCAUAAAACUCCUCACAUUCUUUGCGAUCAUCGCUUGCGGGUUUGCGUCUGCAGAUUUAGCAUCAGACCGCAAAACGAGGUGCACGUUUCGUUGUCCCAGGCUUACUGAAGGAGGAUGUCUAAGAAUCAAGCACCGGGACAAAGACGGGCAACCAAACAGAUGGGAAGUCCUGAAAGCAUACCACACCGAGAAUCACCCCCUCUUUUACAAUUGCCUUGGCACCAACGCGGAUCUCAGCGUUUGCGCUGAGAUGGGCAAGAUUGUUCUACCUCGCCCCCCCAAAGCCCAAGUUAUGACCAUCGGCCUCCUCAAAACCAGAAAUGGGCUUGGUAAAGACUCCGAACCUUUUGACGUCAACCAUCCAGACGCAGUCAAGUGCGCCUACAAACCCUGA